AUGGCACAACAGCAUCUGAACCUCUGCAUGGAGAGUCGAGACUUGAUCAAUCACAUCUCGGCAGUCAAGCGUCAGCUAUCCAAGCUGUUGAAAGAAGUGGACAUCGUGGAGCAGGAGGUGAAGUCGCUCAGGACCGAAGACCAAGUGCCUCGAGAUCACAUGAGAGGCGCAACCUUGAACGAAAUCAGCGCCCAGAUGAGGAGCAGGAUCGAAGACAUCAUGAUCGAGUACGACGACAAAAUUGACGACUGCAACAUGAUGAUCUGUAACACAUCCCUAGCCAUGCAGACUGUGUGGAACCACAUCGCAAGAAAGGACUCGAAGACCAACACCAACAUCUCGCAAGCCAACGCCGCCAUUGCGAUCCAAACGAAAGUGGAAAGCGCACAGAUGAGAACCAUAGCGCUCUUGACAAUGAUCUAUCUCCCUCUUUCCAGUGUUGCAGCAAUCUUCUCCAUGGACAUGUUCAACUGGGAGGCAAUCGAGGGAGAUUCCAUCGUAUCCAAGCAUAUCUGGCUGUUUGCCGUCCUGGCUGCUGGGCUUACGCUCCUCACCAUCGCCGCAUGGUUCCUUGGGACGCGUCGCGAAAAAGCCAUGGCGGCUAAGUCGGACAAAUACUUUAACUCGCCGCACAGGAUGCUUAGCUUCGAAUCUGUCUAG